AUUCAAAGAAGGCAUUAUUGUGAAAAAGCGAUCAUGUGCUGUGGAGACGGAGAGUGUAGACCACUUGGGUUUCUUCUGGGACUCCCUUUUGCGUUUCUUUCUCUUCUGAUAUCCAUUGUUGGCGUCGUCAUCUGGAUUGUCGGAUUGUCGCUGACAUGUAUAUGUCCAUGCUGUCUAUGUGUGACAAUAAUAGUGGAGCUGGCUUUGGAGCUGAUCAAGGCACCCGUUCAUGUCAUGAAGUGGUUCACUUCUCAGAUCCCCUGUUGAUUCAUUCCCAUGGUCUCUCUGUUUAUUAGGGAUUUGGAUUUUAGCAUAUACUGUUGAUUAUCGUUACUCGCUAAUUUUGGGAAUCUUUUGGCUGUGAUUCUUCUGAAUAUCUUUCCCUGGUUGAUCUAUCAUUGUCUCUUUUCUGA